AUGUCCAACGGGACAUGGAUGCUGUCCCAACGGAGACAGCUUAACGUGUACAGCGUGCAGCCAAAGGGCAUCCUGUGCAAGGGCAUGAGGGGCUCCUCUGUUCCGGAUGCGGUGGAGACCGGUGAACUGUUCCAGAAGGAUGUUGAUGAUGGGUCUUGGGGGUCAGAGGGGAAAGGUCAAGGCGAUAAAGGUGACGGGUCAAGUUCGGAUGGAGACACAGAUGAUGACGGUGACUCUUGCCGUGCAGCACGUGAAGCCAAGCCUCGUCCAGGUACAACAUAUGCAUCACAAAUCAGUACCGUCAAUCUGCCAACGUAUCCAACUGGUGACGACGCCUUGGCCUGGAAUGACUGUCUCCAAGACUUCUUUAAGACUGAUGAAGACACGGCAAGGUCUAUCCAGAAGAGCUGGCCAAGUAACUUACUGGUUAAGCACCUCAUCAGGGACAGGUUUUUCCACUCUUACUUGUGUGAAUACUGGAGAAAACGUAAAAGCUUUCCUGCUACAUUGGCAGCUUUUGUAGAAUUUGUUACUGAGAUGUCUGCUAAGCAAUUCUCUUCCCAACAUGACCAGAGCCAUGAAAAGCUCACUGCGGCUCUUGGCAACCAUGAUUUCAUGGCAGAAAUUUGCUUUGCAAAAAAUGACCGUGAAAUCAACGUUGAGACAAUUCAGAAAUACUUUCAGUUUGGUCAACCCUUGAUGAAAAUUACGGUGAGGUCAGAAACAUUCACAGCGGGUACUCUCGGUAACUUGUCGAAAUCACUGUUAUUCACUCCAAACGUCACGGACAUAGUGAUUUGGUUCAAGGAAGUCAACAGCGAGGACACAAAACAGGCCAUGGUUGUCUUGAGCUGCAUGCACAACCUGAAACAUGUUCAAGUCAAUGAAUACGGCUAUGUAAGCCGCCUAUCAGGAAUGUGUUCAACUUUCACCCUAAAAUGUAAAACUCGGCCAAAUGUCUGGUCAGCUCUUGCUUCAUGUCAGAAACUAAAAAAGAUGAAAGUUAGCUAUAACAAGUUAUCUGACAGGGGAGACUUCUUGCCUUCCCUCCCCAACUUGGAGGAGAUAGAUCUCAGUCACCAUGCCAUUAGUGACGAGGCAGUGCCUGGUCUUGCUGAAAGUCUUGGUUCAUGUCAGAACCUGAAGAAGGUGAACCUUAGUUAUAACAAGUUGUCUGACAGGGGAGACUUCUUACCUCCCCUUCCCAACUUGAAGGAGAUAGAUCUCAGUAACAAUGCCAUUAGUGAUGAGACAGUGCCCGGUCUUGCUGAAGGUCUUGGUUCAUGUCAGAACCUGAAGAAGGUGAACCUUAGUUAUAACAAGUUGCAUAACAGGGGAGACUUCUUACCUCCCCUUCCCAACUUGGAGGAGAUAGGUCUCAGUUGGAAUGCCAUUAGUGAUGUGGCAAUGCCUGGUCUUACUGAAGGUCUUGGUUCAUGUCAGAAUCUGAAGAAGGUGAACCUUAGUCAUAACAAGUUGUCUGGCAGGGGAGACUUCUUACCUCCCCUCCCCAACUUGGAGAAGAUAGAUCUCAGUUGGAAUGCCAUUAGUGAUGUGGCAGUGCCUGGUCUUACUGAAGGUCUUGGGUCAUGCCAGAAUCUGAAGAAGGUGAACCUUAGUGGGAACAAGUUGUCUGACAGGGGAGACUUCUUAACUCCCCUCCCGAACUUGGAGGAGAUAGAUCUCGGUCACAAUAACAUUAGUGAUGUGGCAGUGCCUGGUCUUGCUGAAGGUCUUGGUUCAUGUCAGAAGCUGAAGAAGGUGGUCCUUCACUUUAACAAAUUGGCUGAUGUUGGAGAGCUAAUGAACGCCUUUAUCAACCUUCCCAUUCUGACACAGGUAGAUAUUCAGUACAAUUCCAUCCGUGACGAGUCCCUCCCCGCCAUAGCUGCAUGGCUGAAGGUUAGCACAGCUGUGGAGAAAGUCAGGCUGGAGUAUAACAGGUUCAGUGCUGAAGGGGUCCGAGAUUUUGUGAGAACCAUGAAGGGCAAGGCUUACAGUGACGGGUGUUUCUCUGAUAUCCUCCUGUACGACGGCAGCCUGGCUGAUGUGGGCGAGGCUGUGCAGGCAGGUGGGGAGGGUGCACGGAGGGAGGAACAGCAGUGGGGGAGGUUGAGGAGUUGGUUACGUUUGAUAAAGGUGAAGGUCGGACAACUGACAGUCUUGAUUAGUCAUGAAGGUACCAGGUCAUAA